AUGAAGGCAUACUGGUAUGACAAUGUCCCGGGCGACCAGCGCGAACCCCAUGACUCCGGCCGCGCCGUCUCAGAAGAAAAGCUCGCCUCACUAGGCGUGAUAUACAAGCACUGCCCGACGAUCGCAGAUGUGGACACGAUCGCGCAGGAGCGCGGCUACCGCAACCGCGACCAGGUCUGCGUCUCACCCGAGGCCAUGGGUGACGUCUACGAGGACAAAGUGAAGAUGUUCUUUGCAGAGCAUUUGCACGAGGAUGAGGAGAUCCGAUACAUCACUGAUGGAGAGGGAUACUUUGAUGUGCGCGGACAAGAUGAUGAGUGGAUUCGUAUCUGUCUCGUCAAGGAUGAUAUGAUUAUUCUUCCUGCUGGGAUUUACCAUCGCUUCACAACGAAUGAGCAGAAUUAUGUCAGGGCUAUGCGUCUCUUCCAGGAUGAGCCCAAGUGGACGCCGCUCAACCGUGGUGCUGAGGUUGAUGGGAACCCUCACCGCAAGACGUAUUUGGACACUAUUAUCGCCCCUGCUACGGCUGUAAACUAG